UUUAGAGCAACGGUCAGCUAAUAAUUUCACAAUCGAUAUAGCAAUACAAAAAGCAACAGCAAUGGAUGAAGGAAAUAGAGAUAAAGAUGCCAGGAAAACCAGCAUCGGUUCCUGUAUGGAAUGCAAAUCAAUUUCAUCGCCUGACCGCAAGAGUCCACUGGAUAUGGCCAGUAACGAGAGUGCACCACGGCCAACAGUGACAUUUACCACAGAAGCGAUGGUGGAAGAGGCUAUGAAUUCGUUACAUGCGUUUGGUCAGGACCAGCAUAAAAAUGCUACUAGAACUGGUGGCACUAGCAGUCCUGCUACUGCUGCAUCUGCAACUGACAACUUAUCCGCUGAAUUCCAGAUCAACACUGAAUGUGACAGGGACAAUAUUACCAACAACAAAAACAGCGGCGACGGCAGCAGCACCACCAACAGCAACAAACAUUUGCCAAACACUUGUGGUAACAGCGAAUCACCAAUCAAGGACUUUUACCGUAACGCCACCAUUCUCAUCACGGGCGGUACCGGUUUCGUUGGCAAGGUGUUGAUACAAAAGCUAUUGCGAACCUUUGAAGUGCGUCGAAUUUACAUGUUAAUACGUUGCAAGAAUAAUAUGACGGUGGAGCAGCGUUUGCAGGAAUAUUUCACCGAAACGAUAUUUGAUACGAUACGUGAACAGAAUCCUGAACUCUUCGAGAAGGUGCAUCCCAUACGUGCAAAUUUCAAUGCAAUCGAUCUGGAUAUUACACCCACAGAUCGUGAGCUGUUGAGCAAUGAGGUUGCGAUUGUUUUCAAUGUUGUCGCCUCGGUGAAGUUCAAUGAAAAACUAAGCGAUGCCAUCGGCAUCAAUGUGCUGGGAACAAAUAAGAUUUUGGAUCUGGCUAUGGAAAUGAAACAUUUAAAGUCAUUUGUUCACAUUUCAACGCUCUACUGCAACUGCAACCGGAAACACAUCAAAGAGAAAGUUUACGAAACGGAAAUUGGCUAUGAAAAAAUAAUGCAGAUUUCUCGCAUAUUUGAUGAUGAGACCCUGGAAAAGUUUCGUCCUUGUCUAAUUGGAGAGAUGCCAAAUACCUACACCAUGACCAAGAAAUGUGCAGAGAAUCUGGUUAACCACAAAGCGUUUCAUUUGCCAGCCGGAAUAUUUCGACCACCAAUUGUCAUGUCAACAUAUCAAGAUCCCAUACCCGGGUGGACGGAUAACCUUUAUGGUCCCUCUGGAUUGUGCACAUGGUCUGCCAGAGGUUUGGUUCGAUGUAUUUAUGGAAAUGCCAAAUGUAAGGCGAAUAUGGUACCGGCAGAUUAUUGUGUCAAUGCUAUGAUAUCAUGUGCCUGGGAUGUUGCCAGGAGAUAUGAGUUGUCGAAAAUUGACAAAGAUCACCGGCGAGAGCUACCUGUUUACAAUUACAUAUUUGAACGCAACAAUUUGACAUGGGGUCAAUAUAUGCAUUUAUCACGCAAAGGUUUUCACGAACCAUUCGAAAAAGUGUUGUGGUGUUUUUCAUACAUUAUAAUACCAUGGAAGCCAUUACACUAUGCUGCCUCCAUUGUACUGCAUCAUUUGCCGGCCUACAUAUUGGAUUUAAUUGCCCUAGUUACAGGUCAAAAACGCAUAUACAUAAAGGCCUAUGCAAAGAUUACCAAAAUUAUUUAUAUGAUGUCCUGGUUCGGCCUCAAGCAUUGGUCAUUUGCCAAUCGUAAUGUCACCGAGUUGGAUGAACUAUUGACGGGCAAAGAGAAACAAUAUUUGCAAUUCAACAUAAGCACCAUCAAUUGGACGGAUUAUUUUCGUUCGUAUCUGAGCGGCAUCCGGCGAUAUGUCUUCAAGGAUAAAGAGAAUAAAUUGGAAAAGCGCAAAACUUUUUAUCGAAGAAUACUUUUCUUACACAACCUGCUGAAGACCUCAGUUGGCAUUACGCUCAUUAUGUAUCUCGUUAAGUUAUAUUUCAAGAUAUUUAAGGUCAUACCAAAAAUAAAGUUUUAAAUAUGAGUACCUUUGCUAACUCAUAUCAAUUUUUCAAUAGCAUCAACAUCAGCUACUACCUUGAAAAUGCCCAAAACAAACCAAAAAAAAAUUCUGUCCCAACCACGAAAAUAUGUAAAAAUUCCAAGACCAACAACGAAGCCACAAACUACAUUAAGACCCCCUACACCAUCUUAGGACAUUCCUAAUGAUGAUAAUUAUGACACUAUGCUCCUGUAAUGACCAUCAUUAUUGAUAGUCCUGUUGUCCUUGCCUUGCUUCUGAAAAUUUCUAUCUUCAACAAUAAAUUAUUUGACUUGGUGUUCUGUAAUUAUGAGAAAAACAAGAAUAAAUGUGUUUUUAAUCUUUGGUAAA